UAUAUUUAUAGAUCCAGAGUAAUAAUCUCUCAGCUCGGUCGCCAUAUUCUUCAUAUAUUAAUAUACCCUUCUAAGCUUAACAAAUCGAUUUUAUUGCCUCUCUUAUUCUUCUUUUUCACGAGAGCUAAAACUGAAACUAAUGUCGUCUCUCCUGCUUUUAGCCUUGUUAGUUUCCGUUAAUGGGUUCAUGUCGAUUACUCCGGCAUUUUGCGACACAAUGCGGUUUGAAAUGAUUCACAGGCAUUCGCCGGAGCUUUCGGGGAGGUUGGGUGCGGGGUUGCAAAAAACCCGUCUUGAACAAGUGAGGGAACUGGUUCGAUUGGAUGAACAACGUACCCAGAUGAUCUACCAUAGGAUAGGCCAACGGACUGAACGGAGGAAGGAUGCAGAGGGUGGAGCUGAUGGACAGAUUGGGGCGGCAGCUUGGACUGGUAAGGUUAUUGGUUCAAGUGGGGCUUCGGUUCCGAUGUUCUCCGGCUCGUUUGCCGGGGAGGGUCUGUACUUUGUUCCAUUUAGAGUGGGGACACCAGCGCAAAAUGUGCUGCUCGUCGCUGACACUGGGAGUGACCUCACUUGGAUGAAUUGCAUUCAUGGUUGUCGCAAUUGUGGGAGGAAAGUUGAUCGCCGUAGGUUCUUUAACGCCGAUUUGUCAUCUUCCUUCACAACCAUACCAUGCUUGUCUCGGAUGUGCAAGAAUGAUCUCGCUGUUAUGUUUUCCUUGACUGAUUGUCCCAAGCCAUUGAACCCCUGUAAGUAUGACUACAGUUACUCAAGUGGGCAAUCGGCACAAGGCUUCUUCGCCAAUGAAUCUGUGACUGUGAGACUCACGAAUGGUAGGAAGAUGAAAAUCCACCAUGUCCUGGUGGGAUGCACCCAGACAACACAAGGCCAGAAGUUCAGUAAUGUUGUUGAUGGCAUACUUGGGUUGGGAUACAGUCCUAACUCCUUCGCCACUAAAGUCUUACAAGUGUUCGGCAGCAAGUUCUCCUACUGCCUGGUCGAUCACCUGAGCCCCAGGAAUGUGUCGAAUUAUCUCGUCUUCGGCCGCAACCAUAUUGUGAAUGUGAACCCGCCGGAGAUGCAAUACACAGAGCUGAUGGUGGGCAAGGUCCUCCCAUAUUACGCGGUCAAUGUGAUCGGCAUCUCCAUAGGUGGUGUGCUGUUAAGAAUUCCAUUGAGCGUAUGGAAUUUGGAUAAGAACGGAGGAACGAUUCUGGACUCAGGUACCAGCUUAACGUUACUAGUUGAACCGGCUUAUCGGCUUGUGAUCGAUGCUCUGAAGGUGGCACUGAUUAUGUACAAGAAGGCGGAGGUGCCUGAAUUUGAGGUUUGUAUCAAGGUGGACAAAGCAUUUGAUGAGGGUCUAGUGCCUAGACUGGGAAUCCAUUUUGCUGGUGGAGCUCGACUGCUGCCGCCGGUGAAGAGCUACCUGAUCGAUGUGGCCGACGGGAUCAAGUGUCUUGGCUUCAGGUCUGUUUUUUGGCCGGGUAUCUCUGUAAUUGGCAACAUAAUGCAACAGAAUUUCUUCUGGGAGCUGGAUCUCAGGAGAGAGAGGGUGGGUUUUGCACCCUCCAGCUGCGCUUAAUAUUCAAUUAAUCAAGCUUAAUUACCUUCUCCAUUGAUUAAUUCUGAGCUUUUCAUCAUCAUUUAAUUGUAAUAUUCUUGAGCUCUUUCUCUACUUCUUCUUCAUUAAUUCUGUAAUUUAAUGUCUGAUACUAUACACAAUAUCAUCAUCUAUUGAUCAUCUUCAAUUUA